CUGCACCACAAAUCGCUCUUUGCUCGUCAAUUCGUCACCGCCGGCGACAGAAGGAGAGGCUCUUCUUCUUCGUUCCUUUGUUUUUAUCUCAAGAUGGGCAAGGAAAAAGUUCAUAUCAAUAUUGUGGUCAUUGGCCAUGUCGACUCUGGGAAGUCAACCACCACCGGCCACUUGAUCUACAAGCUUGGAGGUAUCGACAAGCGUGUGAUCGAGAGGUUCGAGAAGGAAGCUGCUGAGAUGAACAAGAGGUCAUUCAAGUACGCAUGGGUGCUUGACAAGCUCAAGGCUGAGCGUGAGCGUGGUAUCACCAUUGAUAUUGCCUUGUGGAAGUUUGAGACCACCAAGUACUACUGCACUGUCAUUGAUGCCCCUGGACAUCGUGAUUUCAUCAAGAACAUGAUUACUGGUACCUCCCAGGCUGAUUGUGCUGUUCUUAUCAUUGACUCUACCACUGGUGGUUUUGAGGCUGGUAUCUCCAAGGAUGGCCAGACCCGUGAGCAUGCUCUCCUUGCUUUCACCCUUGGUGUCAAGCAGAUGAUCUGCUGCUGCAACAAGAUGGAUGCCACCACUCCCAAGUACUCGAAGGCUAGGUAUGAUGAAAUCGUGAAGGAAGUUUCAUCCUACUUGAAGAAGGUUGGGUACAACCCAGACAAGGUUCCAUUUGUUCCCAUCUCUGGGUUCGAGGGAGACAACAUGAUUGAGAGGUCGACCAACCUUGACUGGUACAAGGGCCCAACCCUUCUUGAUGCUCUUGACAACAUCAACGAGCCCAAGAGGCCAUCAGACAAGCCACUCCGUCUCCCACUUCAGGAUGUGUACAAGAUCGGUGGUAUUGGAACUGUGCCAGUGGGUCGUGUUGAGACCGGUGUCAUCAAGCCCGGUAUGGUUGUUACCUUUGGUCCCACCGGGCUGACGACUGAGGUCAAGUCUGUUGAGAUGCACCAUGAAGCUCUCCAGGAGGCUCUCCCUGGUGACAACGUUGGGUUCAACGUGAAGAAUGUUGCUGUCAAGGAUCUCAAGCGUGGGUUCGUUGCCUCCAACUCCAAGGAUGACCCUGCCAAGGAGGCUGCCAACUUCACAUCCCAGGUCAUCAUCAUGAACCACCCUGGCCAGAUUGGAAAUGGCUAUGCCCCAGUGCUUGACUGCCACACCUCCCACAUUGCUGUGAAGUUCUCUGAGAUCAUGACCAAGAUCGACAGGCGAUCUGGAAAGGAGCUCGAGAAGGAGCCUAAGUUCUUGAAGAAUGGUGAUGCUGGGUUCGUGAAGAUGAUUCCGACCAAGCCCAUGGUGGUGGAGACUUUCUCCGAGUACCCACCUCUGGGUAGGUUCGCCGUGAGGGACAUGAGGCAGACCGUUGCUGUGGGUGUCAUCAAGGCCGUGGAGAAGAAGGAUCCUACUGGUGCCAAGGUCACCAAGGCUGCUGCCAAGAAGAAGUGAACCGUGCAGGAUGGAUGUUUUUGUCCCGAGUUGAAGCAUCUUAUUAAUAAUCGUUUUUGUUGUCGUUGGAACGCUCUGUUGUUCUCUCUGUUAGAUUUUGGAAUGCCUUCGCCAAGCUUUUGGAUUUGGUCAUUGGGUGCCCUUUCUCAGAAUUGGGUGCUUGAUAGACGGUGGCGGUGGUUACGGGGCAUACUAUCUUAGAAUUUGAGUACUGUGUUUGAGCAAGUGGUUUGUAGGUUUCAUUUACUGUUCCUUGUGUCGAGGUGCUCUUUCUUCAUUAGAGUGGCUCAAAAGUUUUGUUUUUUCAUGUGUUAUUGAACAGUGGAAUAUUUUCUGCUUAAUGUGGUUGUUUAAGCUUUUAGGUUGCUUAU